AUGGGCCGACUUCGAAACUUGUCGCAGAGCUUUCGGGCUGCGGCAUUCAACCAUUCUAAUGACUCCGCUCAGUCCUUAUCAAAACCCUCGACAAACGGUCACUCGUUAAUCGUCGACAAAGACUCACCGGCCACGUCCCCUCCUCCAACAUCCGAAAGCACUCAAGCGAACCCACGGACAGAUCGGCCUUCAUCACGACCGACAUCCAUGGUCUAUACGCCCCCAUCCAUGGAGUCGGCAAAAGACAGUCACGUUGAAGAGUUGGUUCCGGUCUUCAGUUUCCUGUCGAGUCAUGGCAAUAAACUGUAUCAAGAAGGAUACUUCCUCAAGCUCAAUGACCUUGAUUCCCACGGUCGACCAUUCGGGGAUCGCAACUGGACGGAAUGCUUUGCUCAGCUCGUCGGGACUGUGCUUUCCCUCUGGGAUGCAGCCGCACUGGACGCUGCGGGUCAAGAUGGAGAGGUUGCGCCCACGUUUAUCAAUCUAGCGGAUGCUUCCAUCAAGAUGACGCUGCAGAUCGAAACGCUCCCAACACGCAAUCCAGAGGUUCAGCCGCUACAGAACGUCCUCUCCAUAUCAACAGCCGGCAAGAAUCGAUAUCUUCUCCAUUUCAACUCACUUCAUUCUCUGACACAAUGGACGGCCGGCAUACGCUUGGCUAUGUUUGAGCAUGCGUCUCUGCAAGAGCUAUACACCGGUUCCUUGAUCGCCGGCAAAGGCCGAUACUUGAACAAUAUCCGUACGAUAAUGGAACGGUCGAAGUUCGCCACAGAAGACUGGGCGCGAGUGAGAUUUGGUGCUGGCACUCCAUGGAGACGUUGCUGGUGUGUCAUCGAACCUCCCAACGAGAAGGAAUGGCAAAAGUCCAACAAAUCAAUGCUCAAGAAGAAAUCUGCGUAUGAACGACCGGCGGCACCCAAAGGGCACAUCAAGUUCUACGACACAAAGAAAACCAAGAAGGCAACCCCGAUAGCGACAAUCUCCGACGCGUACUCGGCAUAUGCUAUAUACCCUCAGUCGAAGCCCUUGAUUGAUCAGUCCACUCUGGUCAAGGUCGAGGGCCGCAUAACCAUCCACUCAUCGCCUGAGUCCACCACCGAGGGGUUCGUCUUCGUUAUGCCUGAGCUACACCCAGCCGUGUCGGGUUUUGAGAUGAUGCUGCGCUGGCUCUUCCCAGUCUACGACAUCUUCCACCUCUACGGCCGCCCUCAAAAAUUGGUUGCGGAUACGUGGGACACCCGCGGUCUAAUGUUUGCCAUGCCCAAGCAGCGGAGAUACGGUUACUUGGAUAUUAUCGAUGUUGCUGCAUUGAUUCACACCCAAGGCAGUGACAAAUGGAGCGAACGCGAGUGGCGUAAACAGCUGAAAGAGACUACCUCCAAGAGAAUGGCGAUGACUUCACAAAGUCGUUCAAGCACCAAUCUUGACGAGAAGAGACCUGGCAGGGCUGCCUCGGAGUCCAGAAACGGCGUGCAGCAUGAUGACAGAGCAUCUAUACAUUCUAAUCCCCCCACUGGACACCAGCGCAACGAAUCUUCGGAUGCUGUGUUCGCUAUGCCAAGGAAAGUUUCCACAGCACCAGCAAACGGUCCAUAUUCCGCUCCUGGGCAGAGUCAUCACUCGAGGCAUGUCUCGGAAUCCGUCACAUAUGUAUCACCGACUAAACUUCGUCGGCAAAGAGAUCAAUACCAGCCAUCCAGAUUGUCAACUGAGCUUUCGGAGCUUGAACCUGGCCAAUACUCUCCGACGCCUCCUCACCAAUUCGGCAACGUAUACAGGAACACUACCCUCACUCCUGAGGUUGAGUCGCCUGAAAGUCGAAAUAGUUCUGACAGCGAUGGUCUAUUACCUCGAACUAACCCAGGAGAUGUGCAGGCCGACAUCCCAACAUCAACGCCGCCUGCGCCAGUACCUACUCCAAACUUUCACCAUCAUACUGGUGACGUCCCACAAAGAAGACCGGAUCCCCGACCAGACCUACGACGUGAGAAAAGUCGCAUGUCGGAUGCAACUUUGUCUCAGAUGGUAGACGUGAAUAGAUACGCGAGGCAAAAUUCGGCGGGGUAUGCCGGGCAAGCCGCCCAACUGGCUUGGAACGGGAAUGGAUCCAUGACACACCCCUGGCAAAUUGAAAAUGUGUCUGCUAAUAUCACUCCUUCGACCAGCUCUCCUAAGCAUCAUUACUUUGCAAAUGACGAUAGGAAGAAAAAGGGCCAGCUGAAGCGAGCAACUACUCCGGCCGAGUCUCUGCCGAUCCUUGCCACAAAGUCGGAAUCCCAACGCCAAAUGGCGGUCCGGUAUCAUGGCACCAUGUUAGGAUAUCCAGCGUCAAACUUUGGCGAGGAUCUCCGUGACGCUUUCGAUGUCAACAGCGCCCGUGAAGACUCGAAUUCUUCCACAUUUUCACGACGCAUCAGAACAGGAGUAUUGAAAACUGUUGGAGAUCCGAACUUGGGCAAUACCAGCUCUCCAUCAGAGGAGCAUAUCAGAGUGGAGAUACCCGUCGUCGACUUCGGUACCACCAUCACGCCGACUUUAACGCCUGGAGUCCACAAUGAUCCCGCCACGGCGAGUGAAAAAGACUCGUUUAAUGACCACGAGACAUCACCUAGACCCCCGACUUCUCCACAAGAUAAACGAAGGUCCUAUGCCAAUGGCCAAGGUGCUCGGCCUUCAAGCCGCGUCUGGCAACCUAAUGAUAUAGGACGACAGAGCCCUGUUAGGAGCUUGACCGCAGAGGACUUUGUUCAACAGCGGGCUGCGGCAGCUCGAACUCCUCAGUUCUAUUCAACGCACCGGAGCGUUACGUACAGCAAUGUUGAGGGAUCUCCUACCAAGCUUGAGAGGAAGAAAGAUCUGCCUGGUCGACCUAGUUCAAGGAAUUCUCUGACAGCGGACUAUCCAUCGGCAAAGUUGUCAGCACGAGAACGGGAACAUAUCGCGAGGCUGACUGGUGGUCCGCUCAUUCAUGUCGUGGAGAGGACAAAGACGCCCGAUCCGCACGUUGGGUUGGUGGGGGCCAUCGAGGUCAGACAACAGGAAAAGAAGAUUGUGAGGAGAGAACUCGCUGGUUAUAUGGCUGAACAGGCGACGUGGCAAAGACAAGUGGCCGAACGGAAUCACGCUUAUCAGCAGUAUUCGGCACAUGAGUAUGCGAUCGCUCAGUCACCCAUAUCCUGGACCCGGAGUGGCAGUCCAGCACCCAUGUCUGGAGUACAGCAACCAUGGAUGGAACGGCAGAUACAGCGAUAUCAACAACAAGUCCAGGAAGAGCAGGUUCAGCAGCUGCAACGUGGUCAAAGUCGAAUCUAUCACAGUUCACAGAGCGCUUAUCGUGCGUGA